AUGGUCACUAAGGUUGUGCGCUAUGCAAAAUAUGGUGCCUUCAAUGUGGAGAAGACAAAGGACUAUGGGAAUUUAUCAAAUACCAAGAGUUAUUUCAGUUCAAACUAUCAUGGUUCUUCUUUGGAUGGGAUUUAUUCCAGUUGGCAUGCCAUGGUAGAAGAAUUAGCAGAAUCUGGAGCAGCUGUGCAUAUAUGCUCGCGUAACCAAGAAGAUAUUGAUAGAUGCCUGAAAGAGUGGGAAAGCAGAGGAUUUAGUGUAACUGGAUCAGUUUGUGAUGUUCAAUUCCAUGACCAACGUGAAAAUCUAAUGGAAACUGUCGCCUCAAUCUUUCAUGGAAAGCUCGACAUCCUAAUAAACAAUGCUGAGACUAAUAUAUUUAAGGAAGCAACAGAUUGUACUGCUGAAGUUUUCUCAACACUGAUGAAAACGAAUUUUGAGUCUACUUACCGUUCGAGCCAACUCGCUCACCCACUUCUAAAAGCAUCAGGAAAUGGUACCAUAGUAAAUAUCUCCUCCAUUGCUGGUUUCAGAGCUUUCCCUCAGCAUUCAGUCUAUGCAGCUUCCAAGGUAUCUAUGAAUCAAGUCACAAGGAAUCUGGCUUUUGAAUGGUCAAAGGAAAAUAUUCGUGUAAACGCGGUGGCACCUGGGGCAAUAAUGACCUCACUUUUGGAGACUACUUCGAAAGAAGAUGGCGCAACAAUAUUAAAUUCUAUAUCGUCUCAACUUCCUAUCAAUCGCAUUGGAGAGCCUAAAGAGAUAUCAGCACUAGUUGCUUUUCUUUGCCUUCCUGCUGCUUCAUACAUCACUGGACAAAUUAUACAUGCAGAUGGAGGUUUCACAGUUUAA